AUGGAAGAAACGGAACCGGCUCCUUCCGAGCUGCUGCCUCGUCAGCCAAACCACCCUGCACGGCACAUCCGAGCGCCUUCCUGUCUGCACGAGCCCAGCUGGGAGCCCUGCUCCUCCUCUGCUGCCACUUUCAUCUGCAAUCACUGGGCCACCAAGGCCUGUGCCCAUGCCCUGAGUGCUGGCCUGCAGCCAGCUCACCGAGCACCCAGCACCGCUCUGCGUCCCCAGCACCGCUCUGUGUCCCCAGCACCGCACACCCAGCACCGCUCUGCGUCCCCAGCACCGCACACCCAGCACCGUUCCGAUCACGCAUCACCGCCCGGUACCCCCAGCACCGUGCACCGCGCACCCCCCCGCACUGCGCACCGAGCAUCCUCCGCCGCUCCGCGCCCCGUUCGCUUCGCCCGCGCCACCCACCGAGCCCCGAGCCGGUACCAGGCGGCGCCCGCCGGUAGCAGGGACCGCCCGCCGCGCAGCCCGGCCGCUGCCACCUGCCAGCCGGCGCGGCCGGGGGGACAAACGGCAGGGACACAGGCGCGGUACCCGGGCCGGGCCGGGCCGGUUCCCGCGCCGCCCCCGGUGCCCCCCGCACUCACCGGGGCCGCCGCCGGCCCGGAGCGGCGCGAGACGCGGCGACGUCACGCGCACGCGGGGCCGGGAUCCCCGCCCGCCGCUCCGCGCGUGCGCCGCGCGCGCCGGGCACCGGGCGGCACCGGGGGAACCGAGCCCGGGAGCGACCCCGAGCCCGUGUCCCUGCCCGUGCCCGUGCCGGUGCUGCUGCCCGCGCCGGUACCGGCCGUGGCCGCGCAGCCGUCCCCGCGAGUUGCCGGGAGCGCUCCGCGCCGCGCUGCCCGCGGCCUCACCGUUAUCCCCGGUCCCCGCCCCGGUCCCGCUGCUGCCUCUGUGCAGCGCUCGGCAGCGCCGCCGUCACUGCCGGCGCUGUAA